AUGGUACCUCGCUGCCGUCUCCCAAGCACUGGGGCGACGCCAUCUUUGAGUCACAGCGUUGACAAUGUGAUUGCAAUGCACAAUGCCGAGGCAAAGUUUGAUGGCCUGCAAGAUCAGACCGUGAGGGAACGAGCAAAGGGAAUGGAGGCUAGAGACCAAGGCAGCAACCCCUGGCGAAGGAAUGGCGACUUCCACGAGCUGAACCUCUCCUAUGUGACCGCGGUUGCUAACCUCACCCGGUGUGGUGACUCUGGGUCGCACGAGGAAGAGGUUCAGGCGGAUAUGGAAGAAGACGAGUGCAUGACCUAUGUGAAGGCCGACCUCAUCUGGAAUACCGAGGUGCUGGCGAACGCGGCGGAUAUGGACGAAGACGAGUGCAUGACCUAUGUGAAGGGAGAUGGAAGAGGACACGGAAGAAGUGAUAUUUGUCCAAAGGGACAAGAGGGCCAGAUCCCCAUCGCCCAGAAGAAGGCGACGGCGCCGCAGGGAAGAGGAACAACGCCGCAACAACAGGCCAAAGCGGCCAUGGUCAAGACCGGAGGCAUAGAAGAGCAGAGCCUGAAGAAGUCGAAGAGAUCCCGGACACGGAGGGCCGCGGCAUCCACGGACCCAGCGCCGAUCGCACCGCCUCUGCCCAACCUAGGACAGCUUCAUGGCAACGUUCGUUGGUGGGCCGACAUCAUAGGAUUCACAAAUCCUCUUGACAAUGAUGAAAAUCAAAACAUCCUGUCUCCCAAUGUGAGCCGAACAAUUGUUGCGAAUUUACAGCAGCAAUCUGAAAGUGAGCGGACAUCCUUGAUCCAAGCGCUACUCUCCUUUGUAGGCCUGCUAAUAGCAGAGCUUAUGAAAACAGUCUCGGACGCGCAAACAGGUGAAGAGGUGGUCUUACUUCAGUGGGCGCCAGGGCUGACAGACGAGAUGAGCUAUAUGCAGGUUGGCACCAUCACGGCGCCUGGCGUCUUCGCUGGCCUCCUGCAGAAGCUGCAGGACGUCCUCGAGAAAAUGAGCGCUGGGAGAAGCGCAAGGAUCGCAAAGUGUCUGAUGAAGCUCAUGACCGACCACAGAGUAGCUCGAUUACCGGUACUGGGCAAACGCACAGAAGAUAGGCUGGAUAGGCUAGCUGCUUUGCUAGCCUCUUUCGCAAUGGACGGAGUGAACUCGACUUUGUGCAAGACCAUCCUCAACAAGAGGCUGAAGCUGAAGGGUCAGAAAAUACGGUGCCAGCCUCGCCAAGGCCUCAGCAGGAGGAGCGCAUCCAUGUCGAUGACAUCCUCAAGUCGGAACAAGGGAGGGUACACGUGGUGGUCCAUAGGCGAAAUGGAUGAUGACAUGGUACGCAAGAAAUAUGGGGCCGAUGGACUGGAGGUGUUCUACGAAGAGGUCGUGCGGACUAUGGAGGGUCAAGGGAAGAUAGUCGAAUCUGAUGAAGAGCGCAGAUCCAGGGAGAUCAUGGAGGGUGCAGUGGACAAAAGGCCCGGGUAUGUGGAAGUGCAUGUUGCGGCUACUGCGGAGGGGGAAAUGACGGAAGAAGUGAGCCUCCCGAAGUGGGAUGAGGAGUCAGUGCGGGGACUCGAGGAGGAACAUGAGACACAGGAGGUCGAUGAGACAGACCUCAUGCAGCGCAUGCCCAUGGGGUACUCGGAAGUACUAGAUCGAUUGCUGCGGCAGCUAGAGAACAUGCCCGUGGAUAGAGCGGCGAGACAUGCGGAAUUCCUGGCGCAGCACCUCGCUGACCUCCGCAGGCCGGCGCCCCACCUCUAUCGUCCCAGCCUACUGGAGAGACAAGCUAGACUGGAAGCACUCCUCAGUGUGUUCAUGGACCAACGCGUGGACGCGCGUGAGGAGGAACAGCAAUGGUGCAGAGACGAAUGGGUCGGUGUCAGGCCCUUCUUGGAAACAAUGGGAGAGGGAGAAGAUGAAAGUCAGGAAGAGGAAGGCCAUGGCUUGACAGAGACAAGAGACCCAGCACCUGAACACCAGAUUGUCGCUAUUGAGGAUAGCCAGGAAGCGGUAGAAGAGGGGGGCAGUCAAGUGCAAGUUGCCAGGCUUGCAGAUGGAUCUGUGCGAGACAUGUCCAUGGAAGAAAAUGAGAUGCUGCAGUGGGCGGAAGCGGUGGAAGCUGAGGCGGCAGAGGACGAACGCAGAAGGGAACAAGAACGAUGGAAUGAGUUUGCGUCUACAGCCUACUCCUCAUGGGGACAGUGGUCGGUGGCCAAUCAAGACGUGGAGCCGGGGGUUAAAAGGGCACGAGUGCAAAUUCGGACACAGGGAGAGGGCGGAAGAAUAGUACGGGAUGAGCAGUACAUGGUAGCCCUGAGAGACGGGGAGCAACUGGCAUAUCAGGUCAGCGUCCGCAGCACGAAUGUGGAGCAGGGGGACAAGGGUGUCUACGCAGAACGGGCGGAGGAGCACAUGGCGUCUGAGAUGGCGAGAAGCUCGAGUGAGGGAGCUGCCCCUCACUCGGAGAGUGUGCAAGGUGCAGAGGAACAGGAUGGCCGAGAUCAGCAAGGGAAAGACCAUAUAGAUGUCCAGGAGUUCGUUGCUUCGCCUCUUGGCAGGAAGUUCUAUGAGGAAUGGAAGACGGGCAGAGUUGGCCCACAGAUCAUCGGCCAACGCUUCGGAUAUGGUGCCUUGGGGGCCUAUGCAAGCAUGUGGGAGGACGAGAAGGAGGCUCAAGAGAGAGAAAGUGGAUGCCUGACCACCACGGCUGGUGAAGCUGAAGAUCAGGGUGAUGUGGAACCGGAACUACCAGAACAUGGAACGGACCACGUCGAGGCCGAGGGCACAGGUGAAACGGCGAUGGAUGGUGGCCCUGUACAUGAAGGAGGAGACGAUUCGGGAGUGCCUGAUCAUCGACAACGUCACAGGGAAGGAUUUCAGCUGAAGCCACCGCCAGAUCAGCCGGUGAAUGUUGAAGAAUCGCAAGAAAGUGGAGGAAAUGGAAGUGAUCUGGUUCUGGUCGCGGGAGGGCAUGCAGAUGCAGGGCAUCAGAGCGAGCAAAUGGCGGCUGCUGCUGGUGAGGCGGCCAGUCUAACUCCUACCGGGGUACCCGUCAAUGAGACCAGCUGCAACGAAACCAUGGAAGGGAUCUAUGCCAAGCGGGGCAGCUUCCUUGGGAUGCUGCCUAGUGCAGUGAAGCAGGAGGACUUUGUUGUUGUCAAGGUGGACAUUGAUGGCGGUCCAGAACUGACCAUCGUGGAGGCAAUAGCUCGGGAUCCGGUGCUUAGCUCCCUCAUAGAUGAAAUCUUUUUCGAGUACCAUUUCAAGUUUGAUGGCCUGGACUUCGGAUGGGGCAAGCUGGGGACAGGAAGGAAUGUGGACACAGCUAUAGACCUCAUGAAGAGGCUUCGACAGGCUGGCAUUCGAUCGCACUUCUGGAUCUGA